UCACAGCUCCAUCACACACCCAUACACACCCCGUGCACGCCCUGCACGCACCCCAUAGACGCUCCGUGCACCCCCAGUCGUGCACACCCACUUGUGCACACCCACUUGUGCACACCCCCCUCUCUGCUUUCCACGAGCGCAGCGCUUUGCUGCCCGCAUCCUCGCCCUUUGCGUGGUGCUGCUCGGAGUGGGGGGUUGCCAUGGAAACCAUAAAACUGCAGUGAUUUCGGGCCGUGAAGACAGCACGGAUGGAGCGGGCAACGCUUGCGGUACUGAGGGGCACUGCCUGUGCACACCUGGCCCUGCACACCCAUCCGUGCACAGCCCUCUGUGUGCACCUAUCUAUGCACACCCCUCCUGAACACCCAUCUGUGCACACCUACCCAUGCACACCUCUCUGUGCACACCCAUCCAUGCACACCCAUCCAAGUCCAGCCCCAUGCACACCCAUCUGUGCAAACCCAUCCAUGCCCAGCCCUGUGCACACCCCUCUGUGCACACCACUUUGUGCAAACCCUUCUGUGUAAAUUCAUCCAUGCUCCUGUGUGCACACCUAUCUAUGCACAGCUCUCCCUCAACACCCAUCUGCGCACGUCCAUCCAAGUUCAACCCCAUGCACACCCACCUGUGCAUACCUAUCCAUGCCCACCUCUCUGUGCACACCCAUCCGUGCACACCCACCCAUGCCCAACCCCGUGCACACCCAUCUGUGCACAUCCAAUCUGUUCACACCCAUCCGUGCACACCCACCCAUGCCCAACCCCAUGCACACCCAUCUGUGCACAUCCAAUCUGUUCACACCCAUCCGUGCACACCCACCCAUGCCCAACCCUGUGCACACCCCUCUGUGCACACCACUUUGUGCACACCCUUCUGUGCAAAUUCAUCCAUGCACACCUAUCUAAGCACACCCCCACUGCACACCCAUCCACGCCCACCUCUCUUUGCACACCCAUCCGUGCACACCCAUCCACGCCCAGCCCCGUGCACACCCUUCUGUGCACACCCAUCCACGCACACUACUUUGUGCACACCCUUCUGUGCUCACCCAUCCAUGCACACCCCUGUGCACACCCAUCCACGCACACCCGUUGCACACCCAUUGCACACAGGUGCCCACAGUGCCCAGCUGCAGACUCCAGAGUUUCUAUAGAAACCGAGAGAGGCGAUAGAGGCUGAAGUGCCUCUUCCAUCUAACAAAACCAAAGCACACUCGUGCACUCCUGUGUGUGUGUGUGUGUGUGUGCACGCACGUGUGCGUGUGCAGCCCGGGCAGCUGCAGGCAGAGGGGCGCUGGGGAUAUGCUUGGGAAUGCAGUCCUGAAGCGGGGGAAGGAGGGGAGAACGGGAGGAGGGGGUGGCGGUGCGUGGGGCUGUGCGGGGCAACGUGCGGGGCUGUGCGGGGCAACGUGCGGGGCAGUGCGUGGGGGGUGCGGGCGCUGCUCAGCGUGCGGCUCCGGGGCCGUUUGCGGGAGGUAGAAUGGGUCCCGGUUUGGCACCGAUCGUGUCGUCCCUUUCCCUCCCCCUUCCCCCCAACCAGGGCGGAGCUGCUGCAACAUGCACAGGACCACCCGGAUAAAGAUCACCGAGCUGAACCCGCACCUGAUGUGCGCGCUGUGCGGGGGGUAUUUCAUCGACGCCGCCACCAUCGUGGAGUGCCUACACUCGUUCUGCAAAACCUGCAUCGUGCGUUACCUGGAGGCCAAUAAGUACUGCCCCAUGUGCGACGCCCAAGUGCACAAAACCAGACCCCUCCUCAGCAUCAGGUCAGACAGAACGCUGCAGGACGUGGUGUACAAAUUGGUCCCGGGACUGUUCACAGAUGAGAUGAAGCGUCGCCGCGACUUCUACGCCGCGUACCCCGUGGCCGAGGUGUCCAACGGCUCCAACGAGGACCGCGGGGAGGUUCCGCAGCGCGACGGGACGCAGCCGACGGAGGACGGCAUCGUCAGUCUGUCCAUUGAGUUCUACGAAGGAGCCAGAGAAGAGAAAAAAGGGACCAUCGAGAAUGGGGAUCUGGAGAAGGAGAAGAGGAACGCGGUGCGGUUCCUGCGCUGCCCCGCGGCCAUGACGGUCAUGCACCUGGCCAAGUUCCUGCGCAAUAAGAUGGACGUGCCCAGCAAGUACCAGGUGGAGGUCCUUUAUGGAGAUGAGCCCCUGAGGGAGUAUUACACACUGAUGGACAUCGCCUACAUCUACCCCUGGAGGAGGAACGGCCCCCUGCCUCUCAAAUAUCGCGUCCAGCCCACCUGCAAGCGCCUGAAGCUGCCUCAGGCGCCCACCUCCGAGUGCACCAACACCAGCGGCGCCUCCGAAUGCGAAUCGCUCAGCGACAAAGCGCACAGCCCCGCCACGCUGCCCCGCACUCCGCCCUCCCUUCCCAGCCCCGGCACUCCGCCCCACGGUUCUCCCAGCCCCACAACCGCCGCCGCUCCCCACGGCGCUUCGAACUGCCCCCCGUUGCCCCCCUCCCGCUGCCGCAAAGCCGCGGCUCACGGCCCCGCGGGGUCCGCGCUGACCUAACGGGGGGAGGGGGGGGAAACGGCCGCGUUGCUUUUGUAUAGCUCUAUAUAUUAUAUAUAUGUGCAUCUAUAAAGAGAGACGUGUACAGAG